AGAUACAAUUGAUACUAACUUAAACAUAAAUAACUACGAAUUAUAAUUACUAUAAUUACUGCGAAUUAUAUUUUGAACAGCAGCAAUCUACUGGUUAAAUAUUAAGAAAAAUCUUUGUGAGUAUUGAAUUUAAGCGGAACCAAAGCUCCGCUGUUGUUUCUAGUCGGAGAGCAUAGCGGCAGUACAUGCUAGGGUUUAGCCGGCUAUCCGAAAGAGCUUAUUGAGGUCACAUAAGCGCUUUUAUGCGUUCGUUAAGGUUUUACUGAGCUUUCUGUAAAGUUACGAAAUUGUUUUGGUACUUGUUUUCGUCGAGCUAGGUAUUAUUAGCAGGUUAGCUGUGGAGCUAUCUAAGCUAAGCUAACUCUAAGCAUGAUUUAGGUUUACUAAGUUACUUUGUCUUAAUAGGAUGUGUACUAUUACUGGUCCUGCGUCUCUGGUGCUCUUCAGUUUUCCUGUGAAGGAAAGUGCAUGUGUAUGAGACUUAUUUAACAUCUCAUCCCUCUGCGGUUGAGCUGUGUAGCUAUAGAUAUGCUGGAAUAGUUGUGUAAUCAGAGAUUGUUGUGAGGAGAAAAUUGGAAAUCGUGCAUUAGCAGGGAGUAUGCAUGUAUCAGUACAUCGUUACUGACUUUUGAACCGCUAGGGCAAUGACAGGAAUUCUGAGAAUGAUCCAUAGCUGUUUUUUGAGGCUAGUGCUCUUCCCAAGUACAUUUCGGAAUAACCGUUCCCGUCCAGCUGCCUCUGAGGUUUUGACAUGCCAUCUUCACCAGCGCAAACUGCCACCGUGGACAUCCUUCUGUGUGCGCUACAGUGCUGUAAUCAAUGACCAGUUCGGCUUGUCCAACUUCAACUGGCAGGUACAAGGUGCCAACUACCACAUCCUCAGAACAGGAGCUUUUCCCUUCAUCAAGUACCACUGUACCAAAGCGCCUCCACAAGACCUUGACUUUGAAAACAAAUUCUUUGGCAUACUGAAAGUCAUCAACUUGGGUAUCCCAUGCCUGGCAUAUGGUUUAGGCUCAUGGAUGGUGGCUGGUGUAACAGAAACUGUGCACACUUCAGCUGGCCCAGUCACUGUUUAUUUUGCGUAUAAAGAGGUAGACGGUGCCAAGUACUAAUGCUACUUGGAUUAUUGCAGCAUUGUGUCCUUGCUACAAGAAUGAUACCUGAAGUCUGAAAUGAAAUCAGUACUGAUUCAAUAAAGCUUCUUCUUUUCA